GAGCAGGCUCACAGGGAAGGCUGGCCCCCGCCCCCGCCACACUCCUCAUCAGUCCCAGUGCCCCACCUCUCACGACUGCCCCUUUCUUCACUGCUGCACACUUCCUGGCUCUCUACUCUUCAGAUCCACGGAUUGAUUUCCUCGCCCAGUGACACGCUCUAGCGUAUUUUCAGCUUUUGUACAGUUUCUCACGCAAUGAGAUUUAUGGUCUCAAGCCUGGGAAGAAAAAGGUGACACUGGGCCCCACGUUGGCAGCAAAGCGAUUCUCAGGUGCGAGCCAGCUCUCAGGGCAGGGUGGAGAUUAUGCUCUCUUGUCUCCUCCCUGUGAGCGUGCAGGUGGCUCUGGCGGCGGAGAUGGCAUCCUGUCUACCGAUGCUCGGCCCUCUCGUGGCCCUGCUGUUUGCGCUCUGCGGGCUGCUGGUCCACGGCCAGAACCUGUCCUGGAGGGCGUUCAUGGAGCAGCACUACCUGAGCACAAGCUGGAAGUUCAGCGACUACAAAUGCAACAAUCUCAUGAGGGAAAGGGAAGCUCCAGAGGACAGGAAAGAUCACAUCUUCAUCUAUACCUUGUGGCACAAAAUCGAGCAUAUUUGCCUCAGGAAGUGGAGAGAUCCUUACAGAAACGUAUAUAUAUGGGCCCAGCAUCCCUUCCUAAUACUCCAGUGCUACCACAAGAAGAACAGAAAGGGCUACAGAGAGCACAGCAGCUACAGCUACGUGGAAUUCCACUGUGGCGGGAACGGGUAUGUUGAUGGCAUAGAGGACAUCCGGGUGGUACACAUCAAAAAAUAGGAAAAGAGCGAGUCCUCCCACACCCCCAGGGUGGAGGAGCGUGACCAGUGCUUCCCAAGUGGUGGCCCCUGCCUGCCUAUGUCAACAGCUCUCGCGCCCCGUUCCCUUACGUUGAUGUGCCAAUGUCUUCCAACUACUGAGUUGCGCACCACGUGGCGUCUUCUGGUAGGAGCUGUCUGCAUGGUUUCUCUGCCUCCAAUACCCUCUGCCCUCCUUUACCUGGUCUGCUCUUACCUUUUGUUAAGAUUAAGCUCCCAGGGCAGCCCCUGUGGCACAGUGGUUUGGCGCCGCCUGCAGCCUGGGUGUGAUCCUGGAGACCUGGGGUUGAGUCCCCCGUCAGGCUCCCUGCAUGGAGCCUGCUUCCUCCUCUGCCUGUGUCUCUGCCUCUGUGUGUGUGUGUGUCUCUAUGAAUAAAUAAAUAAAAUCUUAAAAAAAAAAACUUACACAUUAAAAAAAAAAAAAAGAUUAAGCUCACCUGGCUUCUCUCCUUACUGAA